AUGGUGGCCAACCGCACAGUCAGGACGGGGCUCACAACGUCAGCCGUGAUCUCGUCCUGGACAUUCACCUCAGCCCUGCUGGGGGCACCGUAUCUCACCUACUGGCACGGCAUCGCCCUUCCCGUCUGGUGGGCAAACGGUCAGAGCGUCAUGAUCUGCUUCUUCGCAUACCUUGCCAUCCAGACCAAGCUCAAGGCGCCCAACGCGCACACGCUCCUGGAGAUCAUCAAGGUCCGGCACGGCGAGGGCGCGCACAUGCUCUGGACCUUCAUGGCCCUCCUCAACAACAUCUUCAACUUCACGUCCAUGCUUGUCGGCGCGUCCACCGCCGUUUCGUCCCUGACGGGGAUGGAUGUCUACGCCGCGACAUAUCUCCUACCUCUGGGCGUCGUCGUAUACACGUACUGGGGUGGGCUGCGGGCGACGUUCCUGACCGACUACAUCCACACCUUCAUCAUCAUGAUCAUCCUGGUGUGGUUCAGCCUGGAGGUGAUGCUGGCCGAGGAGAUCGGCUCCGUCGGCGCGCUGUACGACGCCGUCAGGAGCUUGCCGUCGGAGGGAACGGUCGAGGGAAACCACGAGGGGUCCUAUCUGACGAUGAAGAGUGACGAGUCGCUGUUCUUCGGCAUCAUCCACAUCGUCACAAACUUUGGCAUCGUCAUCAUGGACACUGGCUUUUGGCAGAAGGGCUUCUCUGCCGACGUGGCGGCCGCUGUUCCGGGCUAUGUCCUCGGCGGGAACGCGUAUUUUGCCAUCCCUUGGGCCUUUGGGACCGUCGUGGGACUUGGGGCUCUCGUUCUGGAGCAGACACCGGCUUGGCCGACAUAUCCUCGACGCCUCACCGACGCCGAGGUCGGUGCCGGCCUUGUCUUGCCGUACACCGCGUCUGCUGUGGCGGGCAAGGGCGGCGCAGUCGCCAUCCUUCUGAUCCUGUUCAUGGCUUGCACCAGCGUGGCAUCCGCGCAGCUGAUAGCCAUGAGCUCGAUCGUCUCCUUCGACGUGUACGGCACGUACAUCAGCAGAGCCCCCGACGAUCGGCAACUGAUCAGGUGGUCGCACAUUGGCGUGGUGGGAUCUGCCCUCUUCAUAUCCACCUUUGCCACGGUCCUGCAUAGAGCUGGCGUGGACCUCAACUGGUUGAUCUACAUGAUCGGAAUCGUGAUUUGUCCUGGUACCAUCCCGACCGUCCUCGCCCUACUCUGGAGAAGGCAGUCGGCCACGGCCGCGAUGGUAGCACCCAUCAUGGGGAUGCUGUCCGGGUUCUCGGUGUGGUUCGGUGCAGCCUACGCGCUGUAUGGAGACAUCAACAUCGGCACCACGGGCAAGACGCUGCCUUGCAUGUACGCCUGCAUCACGUCCAUGCUUGUGCCCUUGCCCAUCACCGUCGUCUUGUCACUCCUGAAUCCGGGCACGUUCGAAUGGGAGAAGCUUGCCCGACUUGAGCGGGUAGGCGACGGCAGUCCCACGACUCACGAAACGUUCGACCCGGAGGUGUAUUUCAGCCCUGAAAGGGUCGGAUACAUGAAGCGCAUGUCCAGUGCGGCAUUAUACUGGGCAGUGGCGACUAUUGUCGGGCAGGUGUUUCUUUGGCCGCUUCCCAUGUACGGCGCACGGAACAUCAUGUCCAGAGGUCUCUUCAUCGCAUGGGUUGUCGUCAGCCUAGUGUGGCUCUUCCUCACGUUGCUCAUCGCCAACUGCUACCCGCUGGUCGAUGGGGGUGUCGAGAAGAUAUGGCAAGUGGUUCGAUACGCCACCAAAGGAUCGUCUGAAUAUGCAGAGGAUGCCGGGGUGGAAUCACCACCGAUGGUCGAGGUUACAGCUCGAGCUCAUGGGAAGAAGUGA